CUCGCGUCCUUCCACCUCCAUGUCCCGCUCUCCGACUCCUCCGCCGGUCCUCCAUUUUCAGCCUGCUCCAGCAGCUUCUGCUUCAGUCCGAAACCCUACUCUCUAAUUUCUCGAAGUCUCAGCAUUUUACUGUUUGAUCAGCCUUCUUGAGACUUGAGUCUAUCUCAGUUAUGGCGUCAAUCAACUUCAAUCCCUUCGAAAACUGGUUCUCCAGACGUCCUAAUCCCAUCCCUCCCCUCAAUCUCACUGCAUUUAGAGACUCGUUGUCUCAGAAAUCCUCAACGUCCCCAAACUUUGCUUCUACGAGCCUCUCGAAUUUCUUCAAGAAGUCGCAGAAACCAAAGAAAGCAUCCGACGAACCAGGAUACUACGGCAAAAUGCUAGAGCAAUUCUUCUGGGAAUGCGACAACUUACCCGAUUACAGACACACCCCCGAGGUGGAGAAAAUCUUGAACGAAGAUCCUGUACUGGAUAAUAAAGAGAAUCCAAGCGAAGAGGAGGUCGAAAAGAACGAGAAGCUAUGGAAAGCGUUGCGAGCCAGCCCUGUUGUGCAAUUCCUGGAACGUGCGGAGGAAAUUGCAGCCAAAUACAACGAGUUAGAGCUGAAGGAGAAUGAGAAUCCAUACAGAGAUGAGGACAAGAAGCUAUGGAGGGCCAUUCCUCAUGUGCCUGGGCUUGACGGGCGGCCUAUGCCGAGGAAAGCAAUUAAGACGAAGAGGGAAUCCGAAGACAAAUUUUGGGAUUUUGCGAGACAGUUCUUUUUUGGGCUGUGGGGCUUCCGGCAGAGACCAUAUCCACCUGGUCGCCCGAUCGAUGUUGCGCAGGCCAUUGGGUAUAAGCGGCUCGAGAAGCGGUACUAUGAUUUUAUCAUGAGGAGUGGAGGUUGGUACUAUAAGGAUCGGUUGGGUCGUACUCGGGGACCAUUGGAACUAAUUACUCUUAAAACAGCUUGGGGAGGUGGGAUUAUUGACAAGGACACAUUUAUUUGGGGGGAGGACAUGGACGAAUGGGCUCCAAUUCACAUGGUUUAUGGAUUGGAGCGUGCAAUUGCCACUUGGGAAGUUCGACUCGGUGCUGCUGCCACUGCUUUCCUUCACAAAUUGCAAAAAGGCAUACCUCCAUGGGUUCCUCUUAAGGGACAUGAGAAGAAAACCUACAAGCAACUCCAACAAGAGGCUUUAGAGAGCAAGAGACGGGAUCUAGCAGUGCUAGCAGCUAACGACGGUGUUUGGCCUGGAGUGAGAAUUCCUAGUCACGCCCUGUUUCUCUGGGCCAGCGGAUCUGAGUUGACAUCUAUUUUGGAGGCAGAUCACAUGCCAAACAAGUACAUUCCUAAGGAUCUAAGGUACAAGUUAGCUAAAAUUAUACCUGGCUUAAGACCCUGGGAGGUUCUCAGCGUGGAGCAAGCGAUGGAACAGAUAACAUAUAAUGGCGAAUGGCAUCGUGAACCACUAGGGACAUACACGACUGGCCCUCCUUACAUCAGGCAUUGGAAUAAAGAUGUCAAGAGAAUGUUUAGGAUAUUCUUCAACCUCAGCACCCGAGUUUACAAUAAAAUGGAGAGGACAAUUCCUGGUUUCAGUAAAAUAAUGGAUAAAGUCCAGGCCGAUGCUGCUGCCAGAGAUGCUAGGCGGAAGGAGAGGAGGGAGGCGUUGAAGAGAGCCGAAUUCGAGAGAAUGAUCUUCGGCAGAGUAAAAAAAGAUCAGUAGAUUAUAAUUGUCCAACAAUAUUGCAAAUCCUGCAACAGCCAAGUAAGAGAAAAAUCAGGUUCUGGUGUAAACUUGGUUGUAGUUUUCACAUGAAGGUGAGUGGCCUUCGUCUUCUGAAUCGAAUUAGGAAACUCGGAUCUCUUGGUUUUGUUUGUAAGGCUCAUUUUUUGGGUUCCUUUUGUAACAUUGGAUUAGUAUUUUCAAGGAUAAAUGUAAAGUAAAUCAUCAGUAGUUUCACCAAA